AUGGUUAGUUCUGAAUUAAACUCAAGAUGUCAAGUUGAUCUGAUAGAUCUGCAGUCAAACAGAGAUGGCGAAUAUAAGUUCAUAAUGGUGUAUCAAGAUCAUAUAACUAAGUUUGUCCAGCUACGACCUUUGAAAACUAAAAGAGCUGAAGAAGUAGCGCAUCACGUUCUUUCAAUAUUUUUAACAUUUGGUGCACCAGCAAUAUUGCAAUCAGAUAAUGGCAGAGAAUUUAGUAAUCAAGUCAUAUCCGAAAUAUGCGCUAUGUGGAAAGAUGUUAAAAUAGUUCAUGGAAAGCCUCGUCACAGUCAAACACAAGGCUCAGUUGAAAGGGCCAAUCAGGAUAUACAGAAUAUGCUAACUGUAUGGAUGAACGAUAACGAUACAAAUAAAUGGUCAAAUGGCUUAUCCUUUGUUCAAUUUACCAAGAACACUACAUACCACAAAGGAAUACGCCAAAGUCUGAAACUGCCAAUACUUCUGAAACCGAAGAACAGCUUCUAG